GUUCGGACAAAGGAUCAUUUCUUCACGGCAAUUGAAUUAAAAGAAAAAAGAAAAAAGAAAAAAGAAAAAAGAAAAAAUCUGGAAGUGAAGACAAAGAGGUGAGGGUGUGGCUGUGCAGCUGGUUGGCGGAGUCUAUAAUAACAUCCUCUACCCUCUUUCACUUGAUUUUUUUUUCCUUUCCCUCUCUCCUAACCUCUCUUGAGAGGAGAAGAACAAGAACUCAAGAAGAAGAAAGAAGCAGCAGCUAACAGUAACUGCUACUGUUAUGUCUCAACCCAUGGCUAUGGCUAUGGCUAUGGCGUCUUCUGCUACUACUUCAACAGCUUGUGCCUCUCUUCUCUUUCCUCCUCAUACUAACUCUCGCACAACAAACUCUCCAUACUCCACUCGUUUUCAUGUUCGAUUCCGUAACAAUCGCCUCUUCUUCCCUUCUUCUUCUCCAAGUGGAAGGAGAACGCAUAAAGCUAUUCAUGGCGGUGGAUUCGGUUUGCGACGGAACAAGGGAGAUGUUACCUGGAAACGUUCCACUUCCUUCUUCGGUGAACUCGCGACGAAGUCGUUUUUGUUGCCGCAGCAACAUACGCGUAGCUGUACCUCUUGCUGUCGUGCUUCCGCUACUAAACGCCGCACAAGUUUUCCGAGAUUCGUUCUUGGAGCUUUUCUGGAUAAAUCGUCAUUCGGUUUAUCGAAGAGUAGAUUCCAACGUCGCUCUGCUCAAAUUCCACAUGCAACAGUUGGUCCAGAUGAGCCUCAUGCAGCAAGUACAGCCUGGCCAGACGGUAUUUCUGAAAAGCAAGAUUUAGGUUUAUUUGAUUCUGAACGAGAGCGGAUUGAGGAGUGUCUAAAUUCUGAACUUCCAUAUCACCCUAAGUUGCAUCGAGGCCAGCUAAAGAAUGGGUUGCGUUAUCUCAUUUUGCCAAAUAAAGUGCCGCCAAACAGGUUUGAAGCACACUUGGAAGUUCAUGCGGGUUCAAUAGAUGAAGAGGAUGAUGAGCAAGGCAUUGCUCAUAUGAUUGAACAUGUUGCUUUCCUUGGAAGUAAAAAACGUGAGAAGCUUCUUGGCACAGGAGCUCGUUCAAAUGCUUAUACUGACUUCCACCAUACAGUGUUUCACAUCCAUGCCCCUACUAGCACCAAGGACUCUGAUGGUGAUCUGCUUCCAUUUGUUCUAGAUGCCUUAAAUGAGAUAGCUUUCCAGCCAAAGUUCCUUGCUUCUAGAAUUGAAAAAGAACGACGUGCUAUACUCUCGGAGCUUCAAAUGAUGAAUACAAUAGAGUACCGGGUUGAUUGCCAGUUGUUACAACAUCUGCAUUCUGAAAACAAGCUGAGCAAGAGGUUUCCAAUUGGCUUAGAAGAACAGAUAAAGAAAUGGGAUGCAGAUAAAAUUAGGAAAUUUCAUGAGCGUUGGUAUUUCCCUGCAAAUGCUACCUUGUACAUUGUGGGGGAUAUUGAUAACAUCACAAAGACUGUGUAUCAGAUUGAAGCUGUUUUUGGACAAACAGGUGUAGACAAUGAGAAAAGUUCUGUCACCACUCCAAGCGCAUUUGGUGCAGUGGCUAGUUUUCUUGUGCCCAAGCUUUCUGUUGGUCUGGGGGGAAAUUCAGUUGAAAGAUCAGCAAAUACAAUUGAUCAAUCAAAAGUAUUUAACAAGGAAAGGCAAGCUGUUCGUCCUCCUGUGAAGCAUAAUUGGUCGCUUCCUGGAAGCAGUGGCGAUUUGAAGCCACCACAAAUAUUUCAACACGAGUUGCUUCAAAAUUUUUCAAUUAAUAUGUUUUGCAAGAUUCCAGUAAAUAGGGUUCAAACAUUCAAUGACUUGCGUAACGUCUUGAUGAAAAGAAUAUUUUUGUCUGCUCUUCAUUUUCGUAUCAAUACAAGAUAUAAGAGUUCAAAUCCACCAUUCACUUCAGUUGAACUGGAUCAUAGUGAUUCUGGAAGGGAAGGAUGUACUGUGACCACUCUUACCAUAACUGCAGAACCAAAGAAUUGGCAAAAUGCAAUUACAGUUGCUGUUCAAGAGGUUCGGAGACUUAAAGAGUUUGGUGUUACCCAGGGGGAAUUAACUCGAUAUUUAGAUGCCCUUUUGAAAGAUAGUGAACACCUUGCAGCCAUGAUUGAUAAUGUAUCUUCUGUUGAUAACUUGGAUUUCAUCAUGGAAAGUGAUGCUCUUGGCCAUAGAGUUAUGGACCAGAGGCAGGGACAUGAAUGCUUACUUGCUGUUGCAGAGACAGUAACCCUUGAGGAGGUCAAUUCUGUUGGUGCUAAGGUGUUAGAAUUUAUAGCUGAUUUUGGAAAGCCUACUGCACCGCUGCCUGCAGCUAUUGUUGCUUGUGUUCCAACAAAAGUUCACAUUGAGGGAGCAGGUGAAACAGAAUUCAAGAUAUCUCCAACUGAAAUUACAGAUGCUAUGAAAGCAGGAUUGGAUCAGCCUAUAAUGCCAGAGCCUGAGCUCGAGGUGCCAAAGGAACUAGUACAACCAUCCCAGCUAGAAGACUUAAAAAAGGAGCGCAAGCCAGCCUUUAUUUCUGUAAGUUCUGAAACAGAUGUUACAAAGCUUCAUGAUGAGGAAACUGGGAUCACUCAACGUCGUCUUGCAAAUGGAAUUCCUGUUAACUAUAAGGUAUACUGUGCAAGUUUGUUAUGUAGCUACUACCUUCUUUUCCUUUUACACACUAAUGUAAUCAAUGCAUGGGUUCCUAAUGCUAUGACUUUAUGGCGUUGCAUAUUAAAUUUGGUUCGUCUCGUUCGCGAGGAAUCAUAA